UUUCCUGACACUUUACAGGCUCUGAUUUAGAAAGGGUCUGGUACAAAAGUAGGUGCGGGCUCUUUAAACCGCUCCUUUUUUUUUUGCCGGAGACGCGAAGCGGAAGCCUCGCGCGUGCGCAGUGAGAAUAUCUCGGGCUGCGCUCCGCCCACGUACUACAACUGCCGGCAGGCUCAGCACAAGCCUCGGGCUCGUCUCAGGCUGUGACGUCACUCGGUAGCGCGGGGAAUUUCGAGUGGCUGUGGAACGCGGGAAGCCAGUGCGGGACCACUCUCCAGCCACUGUUGGGGAAACCAUGGACUCUCUAGUCGAGCCUCGGUGGCCCCCAGGCCUGGCAGUCAUGAAGACAAUAGAUAAUUUGCUGCGGUGUGGAAUUUGCUUUGACUAUUUCAACAUUGCAAUGAUAAUUCCUCAGUGUUCACAUAACUAUUGUUCUCUCUGUAUAAGAAAAUUUCUGUCCUAUAAAACACAAUGUCCAACUUGUUGUGUGACAGUCACAGAGCCAGACCUGAAAAAUAACCGCGUAUUAGAUGAACUGGUAAAAAGCUUGAAUUUUGCACGGGAUCGUCUGCUGCAGUUCUCCUUAGAGUCACCCCCUGUAUCGCCUGCUUCCUCCUCUUCAAAGAGCCUUGCUGCCAAAGUACACACUCCUGUAGCUGCCUUCAAACAUUCUUUAAAGCAAGGAAACAGGUUAAUGGAGAAUUUCUUGAUCAGAGAAAUUGGUGGUUCUACAUCAGAGUCGUUGAUAAGAGAGAAUGAAAGCAAAUUCAGCUCUCAAAAAGAGGUGAACACUUCUGCAAAGACCAAAGAGACACCUUCUAAAGAGAAGACCGCUCCAGGCUCCUCAGAUGCUAGUAUGUUUGAGACACCCUCUACAUCAACUUUGAAACAAGUUACUAAAGUGGAUUGUCCCGUUUGUGGGGUUAAUAUUCCAGAAAAUCACAUUAACAGGCACUUAGACAGCUGUUUAUCACGUGAAGAGAAGAAGGAAAGCCUCAGAAGUUCUGUUCACAAAAGGAAGCCACUCCCCAAAACUGUAUAUAACUUGCUCUCAGAUCGUGAUUUAAAGAAAAUGCUAAAACAGCAUGGAUUAUCCAUUCAAGGAAAUAAACAACAGCUCAUUAAAAGGCACCAAGAAUUUGUGCACAUGUACAAUGCCCAGUGCGACGCUUUGCAUCCUAAAUCAGCUGCAGAAAUAGUUCAAGAAAUUGAAAAUAUGGAGAAGACCAGGAUGCGUCUUGAAGCUAGUAAACUGAACGAAAGUAUAAUGGUUUUUACAAAGGACCAGACAGAGAUGGAAAUAGAUGAAAUUCACAGUAAAUACCGUAAAAAACAUCAAAAUGAAUUUCAGCUUCUGGUGGUUCAGGCCAAAAAAGGAUAUGAGAGGACUGUUGGAAUGUCAAAAAUAAAAGUAACAAAAAAAGAUGAGUCUACAGAAAAUUUAUCUGCAUGCAUGGAAGAGGAAAAUAAUAAAAUGAAAUUGUCCGAUAUGCCCUUGGUAACAAAACACUUGCCUCAAUCAAAGCUGGAAUCCCCUGGGAAACUGGAGCCUGAUACACCAGAUGAUUCUUCUAGUGGUACUGAUAUUCAAGAAGAAGCUCUUUCUUCUCCAGAAUCCGAUUCAUGCAAGAGUUCCAGUUCAGACAUCAUCAGAGAUCUUCUAGAAGAAGAGGAAGCCUGGGAGGCAUCACAUAGAAAUGAUCUUCAGGACACAGAAAUAAGUCCAAUACAGAAUCGUCGUACAAGAUCAGUGGACAGUGCCGAGACUGAGCCAAGAAAUAAGCGGAAUAGAAAUUAGCGUGGGCUUCUGCUGCUGACUUUUUCAGUGCCGUGAUCAGAAUAUGGUACUUUCUGUUGCCAUCUAAAUUUCAUAUUCAUUAAUGCCCAAGUGAAGAUGUUAAAUUCUAAAUAUUACGGUUAACUAAUUUUCAUUCUUUUCUGUCUUUCUGGGAAAAAGAACAGUUGUAAAACAUCCUCACUUGGUGAGUUACCUCUUGCCUCUAAAACAUCUCUCUCUAAAAACACUGACACUGACGUCCAUCCACCUGUCCACCAGCUUUGCAGAGUACACAGACUUUUUGGCAAAGGGGUUUUGUCUAGUUUUGUUUCUGAAUUUCAGAGUGUCCUUAAGCCAUUUCCUUCUCUUCCAUGGAGAAAUUAACUUCAGAAAAGAGUUAUUUUCAAAAUCUCUCUACCACAAGGAGCAGUUGAGGAGGAAGAGCCUGUCUAUUUGGCAGGAUGUCAUAACUAAUGCCCUUGGUGUGUGUGAGCACCGGAUGCCUGCCUGCCAGCAUGCCCAUUACAGCAGGUACAUGAUGGUGUUUGACCGAGUUUAACCGAGUCAUUCUUAGACCCAUGUCUUGUACAUUACUCGGAGUGGGAUAUUAGUACUGUAAUUGAAAGCCACAAGUAAUAACUUUGAAACAUUGGGUGUAUUCUUCAGAAAUGGCACUUAGAAAUGAUUACUCUCAGUCUUUUUUUUUUUCACUUGGGUAAAUAAAAUCUUUAAUUCUUUGUCUCCCAGCUAUGAAACAAAAAAGAAUGCACUAAAUGGAUUUUGUGAAUGCAUAGACUCCAUAGCAAUUUAAAAUAAUGUAGUAUCCUUUGAUUGGUUGAGUACAAGCUAUAAAUCAUUGGAAGGGGUUGGUCAGAAAUUGUUACUGUUGUGCAAAAUGCCCACCAGUCCCCAGUUCCUUCCAGAGUUCCCAAUUCCCGUCUUUGGCAUUUCAGAGCCAGUGCCCCCACCCCUCCACCCUGACCCCCCUGUCACUGCUCAACUGAAACACGUCAGCUUCCAAAUAACAUGACAGAAAAUGCAGCAGUGUUAAGACAACAAAUUUAUGAAUAUGUCAAGGAUGUUUGUGACUUCCGCUUUGUAAAGAAUGUCUCCAUUGACUUUGGCUUUUUAGUAUGCUUUUGGGUUUCUGGAUAAUGUGUGGAGUCUCAUUAUGACUUAGAGUUCAGCGUUUUCACACUUAAAUGGCCAUUUGUUUUCUUUAUGAGUUCCCUGAGCUUCAAAUGGUUAGUUACAUAAGAAUUUGUCAUAGUCAUUUCAUCUGUUAAAAAUCAUGAGUGGUGCAUUAAGGAGACUAAAAGUGGCACCACUCACUGAUCAAAGGAUCUGAUGUUAGGUGAGUGAGCAAUAGCAAACAAAAUAGGUUUAACGUUGAUGUGUUAUUUACGUCACUGAGUUGCCAGAAAUUAUGCUAAAAUGAAAACCGUUUGAUUAAAUAUGCCACCGCCUGCUGUAAAUUAAACUGGAAGUAAUUACUAUUUUAGCUGCAGCUGUUAAAAAACAAACUACAAUCAAGUGAAUUUAAAGAUUUAAUUGGCUUUAUUCAUUGAUUUAGGAAUUGGGAAGAAUCCCAUCUAACAAGAGGAAAGGAGCUCCAAGGAGCUGUACAAAAUGGAAGGUUUUUAAAGGCAGAAAUGGGGCAGGGAAGUUACUAGCAAAAGAAAAGGAGGGAUUGUUUCAGGCAAGUUCACCUUUCUUUGCAGAAAGGUGGGGGUCUGUCAUGCAGAUUACCUCACUAAUGCUGACCAGAAAAUUGCAGAUUGACUCUUUAAAGGUCACAUGUCUGCAGUUCAGUCUUGGUUUGCUUUCCUGGGGACAAGUGACUCCAUUUCAGCCUGUUGUUUCUUAUUUGUCCUAAUCUCCUUUUAAAAAUACAUUAGUCAUACUGGAUCAAGGCCUAUCCCUAUGACACUAUUUUACCUUAAUUACCACUUUGAAGACCCUAUCUCCAAAUAUAUUCACAUUUGGAGGUACUGAGGGUUAGGACUUCAACAUAUGAAUGGGGGCAGCAGGGAACACAACUUAGCCCACAACACGCCACAAUAAAGAAUUAUCCAGUCUAUUAAAAUGUCAAUGGUGCCAAGACUGAGCAACCCCAAACAGAAAGGAACUCCCAAGUCUACUUGAAAAAUAAGGCCUAAAGGGCCUUACUGAGCUCAGGGUUUUUUUUUUUUUGCAUUUUGCAUACAUUUAAUAUUCAUGUGUUGUAAGAAGGUUAUUUAUAUACCCAUUUGAGAAUGAGGAACUUAGGGUAAGUGUUAGAUCCAGGAUUGAAACUGAUACUCUUCUGAUUCCAGAGUUUACCUUUCAGUGAAAAUAUGAUCUUCGUCACUGGUUAUUAAUUGUUUGCCUCCAAAACCCCAUCCAGGGUAUAACAGCUCCCCCAGGCAUGUCACCUCCACAGUGGUAGUGAUGCUUAUGGUUUGGGGGGUACAGGUGAGCUGCUAUGUGUAAUUUAGAAAAGGAAACUCAGGUGGUUCUGAUAUGUCAGGCCAUCCUUUCAUCCUCAAAUGCCUUCUCUCGUCUUUCUACCCCUCACGGAGAAUCAGUGAUCUAGUUGAAAAAGCAAUUCCUGCACAGAAGACAAUGUGAGUAACAUAGGGAGGGCAGUUUGUACUUAAAAACUAACACAUAUGGUAAAGUGUCAUGUCAACGGCUAGACAAUUAGUGAGAAAACACUUUGUGGAAGAUUUAUUUUCCUUUGUGGCCCUGUGGAUUGAGAAGAAAGCAUUUACCUAGAUGACUACACCAAUGUGGUUACUGUGGUUGAACAUAAAAUGUGACUGCAUUUCCUUAGAACCAGGAAAAGGGCAGAAACAGUGGAUGAGAAAAUUCUUAGCAUCUGAUUUUAAAAAAUGGCAAUUCUUCAAGUGAGACAGUUAUUCCUAUUUUGCUUUUUUUUAUUAUAAAAGUAAUUAAUUAUGAACAUUAGAGGGGCAAAUGAUCACAGCCAUUGAAUUCCUUACCACUUUGACAGCCUUUCUUUGGGUGUUUCAGGUGUCCUCAGCAGUAACCAUCUAAGGCUGUAAAGGUCACGCUGGCAUUUGUGUCUCCAUGUUUGUGGCUUCGUACCCUGCCUACUCUUAAGGCCUGACGGGGACUCUCCCCAUCCCCUUCCCAGUAAGUCCAGUAUCCCUGGCCUCAGACUGUUGAAAAUAGGAAACAGGUCCACGUCUGAAUGUGUUACUGCUCUCCAGACAGAUUCCUGCUGGGUGCCUACCACCUGUGCCAGUGCUCUGUCCUGUGCAGCACUGCUGGGCCUGCCAGAGAAUCCGGACUUGCCUGGGAUGUCAGCUCCCAGGGCAUCGCCAAGGGGCCAACCUGCAAGGUGCCGAGGUCACCAGUUCUGGCCUUGCUGUGUCCAGAGUGCAGAGUGCGCUGUCCCCUUUUGAUGGCGUGCUGUCACCUGGGCCCACAGAGAAAAGUGCUGCUUCUCCCUCUUCCUUCUCUCUCUGUUUUUCUCUACCUUUCCCCCUUAGCUUCGCUUUCCUUUCUCUGUCCUCUGCCUUCCUUCAGCUAGCAUGACUUCCUGGCAAGUAUUGUGCAAAACAAGCAGAUCCUGCCCUGACAGAACUCAUAGACCAGAAAGGGAGCCAGACAUUAAUCAAAUAACUACACAAAUUAUUGUUAUGAUAAGGGCAGCAACGCACAGUUACAUGGCCCUAUGAAAGUAAGUCAUGGAGGGAUUUCAGUUUUGCCCGUAAACUAUAGGGAGCUUGAAAAUCCAUCCAAGUGAGUAAGUUAAUCACCAUUUUCCCUUUGUUCUAGUCUCCCAUCCCCAGGAAGCUAUGCAUAUAUCUUCUGACUCCUUUUGUCCAAAAUGCAAAAUAUCAAAAUACUCAUGGAAGUCAUCUCAUGCAAAUAGGUGCCAGUGUGUCCACUAAAACUUCACAACUGUGUCAGACAGGCUGGACAAGUCAGAAUUUCAUAUGACUUAGCCAGGACUGACUCCACACUAAACACACACACACCACAGUGCGUUUGCCAUUUGUCAUCACUUUCACAGUACAUUUCCAGUACUCUAAGGACUGCAUCAUGAACCCAUCUGGAUCACAUGUGCCACAUUGGUACAAGUAGUCUUUGAUUGCUGGACAUAUAAAUUUCUUCCAGUUUUUCCCAGUUACAAAUAAUAGAAUUUCUUCCUUAGGUUAGGUUCCCAAAAAUGGGGUAGUUGGAACAUUAGCUUUUUAAAAAAAUUUUUUUAAUUAAGGUAUUAUUGAUAUACACUCUUAUGAAGGUUUCACAUGAAAAAACAAUGUGGUUACUACAUUUAUCUAUAUUAUCAAGCCCCCCCAUACCCCAAUGCAGUCACUGUCCAUCAGUGUAGUAAGAUGCCACAGAGUCACUACUUGCCUUCUCUGUGCUACACUGUUUUCCCCGUGACCCCCCCCCACCAUGUGUAUUAAUCAUAAUACCCCUCAAUCUGCUUCUCCCUCCCCACCCGCCCUCCCACACCCCUCCCCUUUGGUAACCAUUAGUCCCUUCUUGGAGUCUCUGAGUCUGCUGCUAUUUUGGAACAUUAGCUUUUAAUAAAAUAUAUGAGCAGGUUGUUUUAAAAAUAGAGGACAUCAGGAUGUUAGGAAUUUGUGGGUUUUAAAAUGGCCCUUAAGAAAUAAGUUAGA